CCCGCCCCGCGCCGCGCUCCGCGAACCGGGCGAGCGCUGCGCGGGCGGCGCCUGGCUGGCCGCCGCCUCCCCCUGGGCGUCCGCGCAGCCGGGUCUUUGUCCGCCGGCCCCGCGGCCGCCCGCGCUUUGUUCCCCGCGCUCGUCGGCUGGGGCGCGCCGCCGAGCAGCCCACCGCGCAGCGCUGGCGUCGUCCUCGUCCCCCUCGCCGCCCCCCGCGCGCGGCCGGGCCUUGCCCCCCAUGGUCUCCCGGCCCGAGCCGGAGACCGAGGCCAUGGACGCGGAGCUGGUGGUGACGCCGCCGGGCUGCUCGCACCUGAGCAGCUUCAAGGUGGACAACUGGAAGCAGAACCUGCGGGCCAUCUACCAGUGCUUCGUGUGGAGCGGCACGGCGGAGGCUCGCAAGCGCAAGGCGAAGUCGUGCGUCUGUCACGUCUGUGGCGUCCACCUGAACCGGCUUCACUCCUGCCUGCACUGUGUCUUCUUUGGCUGCUUCACAAAGAAACACAUCCACGAACAUGCCAAGUCCAAGCGGCACAACCUGGCCAUAGAGCUGAUGUAUGGUGGCAUCUACUGCUUUCUGUGCCACGACUACAUAUAUGACAAGGACAUGGAAAUCAUCGCCAAAGAGGAGCAGCGCAGAGCUUGGAAAUUGCAAGGCGUUGGGGAGAAGUUUUCAACUUGGGAACCUACCAAACGGGAGCUUGAACUGCUGAAGCACAACCCGAAAAGGCGAAAGAUCACCUCCAACUGCACCAUAGGUCUGCGAGGGCUGAUCAACCUUGGCAACACCUGCUUUAUGAACUGCAUCGUCCAGGCGCUCACCCACACGCCGCUGCUGCGAGACUUCUUCCUCUCUGAUAGGCACAGGUGUGAGAUGCAGAGCCCCAGCUCGUGUCUGGUCUGCGAGAUGUCGUCACUUUUUCAGGAGUUCUACUCGGGGCACCGCUCCCCCCACAUCCCCUACAAGUUGUUGCACCUGGUGUGGACUCAUGCGCGGCACCUGGCUGGGUACGAGCAGCAGGACGCGCACGAGUUUCUCAUCGCUGCCCUGGAUGUCCUGCACCGACACUGCAAAGGUGACGAUAAUGGGAAGAAGGCCAACAACCCCAACCACUGCAACUGCAUCAUCGACCAGAUCUUCACGGGCGGGCUGCAGUCCGACGUCACCUGCCAAGUCUGCCAUGGAGUGUCUACCACCAUAGACCCCUUCUGGGACAUCAGUUUGGAUCUGCCUGGCUCUUCCACCCCAUUCUGGCCCCUGAGCCCUGGGAGCGAGGGCAGUGUGGUGAAUGGGGAAAGCCACGUAGCGGGAACCACUACACUCACGGACUGCCUGCGAAGAUUCACCAGACCGGAGCACUUAGGGAGCAGUGCCAAGAUCAAGUGCAGCGGCUGCCACAGCUACCAGGAGUCCACAAAGCAGCUCACCAUGAAGAAACUGCCCAUUGUAGCCUGUUUUCAUCUCAAACGAUUCGAGCACUCGGCCAAGCUGAGGCGGAAGAUCACUACAUACGUGUCCUUUCCCCUGGAACUGGACAUGACCCCCUUCAUGGCGUCCAGCAAAGAGAGCAGGAUGAACGGACAGUACCAGCAGCCAACAGACAGUCUCAACAAUGACAAUAAGUACUCCUUGUUUGCUGUAGUUAACCACCAAGGGACCCUGGAGAGUGGCCACUACACCAGCUUCAUCCGGCAGCACAAGGACCAGUGGUUCAAGUGUGACGAUGCCAUCAUCACCAAGGCCAGCAUUGAGGACGUGCUGGACAGUGAGGGAUACCUGCUGUUCUACCACAAACAGUUUCUGGAGUAUGAGUAGCCUUACCUGCGGCUGGUCCCCAAAAAUGAAGGCGAUGAGUUGGCCAGCCUCCCAAGGUGAUCUCCGCCUUCCCCGACUUCAUGAAGCCACCCCCCACACAGAAGUGCCCCCGAGAGCAUCGGAUUCCCCUGCAGCCUGGGCCCAGCGGCGGCCACACGGGUGCCCAGGAUCGCGGCGGCCGCGUGCACGAGCACUGCUCUCCGAAGGAGGCUCCGGGACCUGCGCAGCGGACGCAGCGACGUGGGGGGAUGUGCCCUGCGUGGGGAGGGGCCCGGGGGUGCGUCCCUGGGCGUCUGCUGUGCUCCUCGAGACCACGUGCGGCGGGGGUGGGGGGAGCAGCGUGUCCCGGGGCUGCGGCUUGGCUGCGCGACGGAGCAGUUUAAAAAGGCGACAACCCGGUUUUCCAUCAUGGGUCUAUUACAACAGUGAAAUACAGGAGCCAAAGACGUGGUGUGAGGACAGAGGACUUUGUGCGCACCUUCCUCGCUGCGGGUUUAGUAUCAAACAUAGAUAGCGUGGAACUUCGCCUGCGUCUGCUCAGCAGAUAGAGGAACACCCCCACCCCCCCACCCCCACCUAGCCCGCGGAACCGAGGACUCUAGCGGGUUCCCAAGCUCGUCUGUUGCGCAGAUCACUUAGCACUCAACUGCAUGUGGAGGCGUCUGCCCAGGUGGUCUCUUGGUUUUGUUUUUUUGUUUUCUUGGUUUUUUUUAGAAAUAGGCACUUUCAUAGCUCUCUUCCCUUUUCUCUUUCUCCACAAUUGUGACUUUCAUCAAUGUAAUGGUUGUAACGUGAAUGAAUUACUGCAUUUAUACAGAAAUUUAGAUCAUUUUCCUUUAUUCUCGAGAAUGAAUCUUGCUUUUUCAUCGGUGCUGGUUUUGUUGCUUCCCCUCCUCCCUUCCCCUUUGGAAGCAUCCGCGUCCAGGUGAGGGCUGGCGGGGGCGGCGGCAGAGGAUCAGGCUGAGCCUAGUAAGUGUCUCUGUCCUGUUAAAUCUUUUGAGUAAGUGAAGUGUUUCCAGGGGCUUCGUUGUUCCUUCCUCCUAUUUCUUCCUGGCCCCUUGUCCCACUCGCUCUCCCUGUGGCCACGUGGCGGCUCUUGGGUCGGAUGGAAGCUGGAGUGGCGUCCGGUGGAGCCUGCGGUUCGUGCUGCUGCCUCCGCCCUAUGUCUGGUGUAGUUAGAGCCGCAGCAGGGGCAGGCGGCUGGGCCAGCGAGCUGGUAGGAAGAGGGAGGAGCUGCUGGAGGAGAUGGGACAGUUUGCCUUGGUCCUUGUAAGAUACCCUGCAUGCACUUGUCUGUCCAAACACAAACUUCCAUUAUCCAUUUCUGAGAACUUAACAACCCAGACAUGUGGGGGUGGAAAAGCUGCUUUAAUGUCUUUUUGGGGGAACAAGCAGUGCUUGUCCUAGGAGCCUGGUCUGCUUUUGAGCUGUGGAAUGUUUGUUCCUGGAGAAGAGAACCCUCUGUUUCAAGUUCAGCAUAUUUACUUUCCUUUUUUUUUUUAAUUUUUUAUGGAGCCAGAUAGUAAAUAAUUUGAGGCUUUACAGGCCGUAGGGUCUCUGCUGUAGAUAGUACAGAAACGGAAUAGCAUGGUUAUGUUCCAGGAAGACAUCUUUCAGACCCUGAAAUUCGACAGUCUUCACCUGUUACGGAAUUUGUUUUUCUUCUCUAUUUAAAAAUGUGCGAACUAUGCUGAGCUUGGUAGGCCAUGCAGAAACAGUGGGCUUGAUCUGGCUCGUCAGCUAGUCAAGGUAGGAAGUGGGUAGGAACAGCAGCGGCUGAGUAGUUACCGCUCCGCGUGGAGCAUGCUGGAAUAUGUGAAACAGCAGUCAUGCUGCGGCAGCAUCCUGGAUGACAGAGCCUUUAGUGAUGCAGCUUUUAAGCACUUGCUCAGCUCAUACUCAGUGUAUUUCUGCUGUUUGGGAAUAUGUGUUCUGUGAUAGCAGAAUAUGUGUUCUGUGAUCAGGAACAAGGGUGGGUGCAGAUUUUCAGAAAUGGCCCCACGUGGCUGGGUUGUGUGUGUGAUUGUAAGAGAGAAACUGUUGUGAAGAUUGCUUUGUGGGAGAGCCGUUGCCCUUUAAUAAGGAGCAAGUCAAGCAAGGAACUGGCUGAAGCUGGCCUGCCGAGUUUGAGCCGUGAGCUCUGCUGCCUUGAGACCUGGCUCAACUGGAUGGUCCUGGGUUUUCUGGCAGGUUCCCUGUGGUCUGGCCAGCUCUGCUUUCCACAUCUGUGUCUGCUCAUGUUCAGGAGAGCUCACCUGUUCCAAGAGCAUGAGGUCUGGAGAUAGGUGAUGAGGCCAUGUUUCUCUUUUGUAGACAUGACUCUUAAGUUUUUGUAUCCAGAUUAAUUGUUGUUAUUCCCUGUUGACACCGGCGUUAGCAAGUUGUCCCCCGUGUCUGCCGCUGGGAAGCUCCUGUGACUGUAGGAACCGUGCGUGGGCAGUGAUGCCAGCAGGAUGUUGGUCGCUGGGAUUUACUUUGUUUCUCACAAAAUACUCUAUGGUGGGCCUGGGAAUGUUUCUUUUUGCUCCCAGGCCAGGCAUUAAAUUCAGGAACAUGGCUCUCUUGUUUCCUUGUAAAGACCCCUGUAUACAUGUUCAGGUCAUUACCAAGUGCAUCUGACACUAAGGGGGUGACGCCCACUGCCCCCCCCCACACAUUCCCACCAGUGGUUUUAAAAUAAUCUGUGUUUCUGAGACGUUGGCAGCCCUUUCACCGCAUCGUUGGGAACCGGGCUUUCCAUCUCCAGAGCUGUGACACGAGCUCUAAGCUGGGUCCGUGCCGGGAGCGUGGGGGUCCAGCGGGCAGCCCAAGCAGCCAGGUUGCCUCUCCAGGGCGCAGGGUCAUCUUUAGGCCUCCUUCCUGCAGCAGUGCCCCUGACCCCACAACACAUAGCCCUUCGCUCUUGUCCUUCAGCUUGGUGUGUAUGCUUUCCCUGGGCCACAUGGCCCUUCUUUUGACAAUUCAAGUGACUGUUUCGUUUACUAUAACCUUAAAAACAAAAAUUGUAAGAAAAAGAUUCCAAUGAUCGUGCUGUGGAUUUUAUUACCAAGAUGUUUACACUUCCCUUUUACCUGUCAUUUUGAGGACCUGUCAAGUCUUCUCCCUUAAUGGCUUGUAGUCUUUCCUAUGUCAUAAUAAAGCUACAUUUUCUUCUGAA